AUGACUGACUUUGAAAGCGCCAAGUCUUCCCUCUCAGCCCCUGUCGAGACCGAAUCCGGCCUCGUGUCAGGGCUCGUCCUUGCCAACAAGACCCGCGCCUUCCUCGGGGUUCCGUAUGCUGCGCCGCCCGUCGGUCCGCUCCGCUGGCGUCCCCCACAGCCCGCAGUCCCCUGGACAGGCGUGCGGUCGGCCACCUCGCUCCCGCCCGCCGCCUUCCAAUUCGCGCCGCCGCCCAACUCCAUCUACUACGGAGGCGAAACCUCCUUUUCGGAAGACUGUCUCUACCUCAACAUCUACACGGGCCCGGAAGAAGACAGCACCAAGAAUACCGCACUCCGGCCGGUGCUGGUCUGGUUCCACUUUGGCGCCUUCCAGUUCGGCUCCGUGUCCAACCCCAUCUACUCGGGGGAGCACCUUGCCUCGUCCGCAGGGCUUACGGUGGUAACGGUGAACCACCGGCUCGGGCGGCUGGGUUUUCUAGCCCAUCCGGAGCUGACGGCCGAGUCUCCCCACGGCACGAGCGGCAACUACGGGAUCCAGGACCAAGUGGCGGCGCUAGCGUGGGUUUCGCGCAACGUCGCCCGCUUCGGCGGCGACCCGGCCAACGUGACCAUCGGCGGCGCCUCGGCCGGCGGCUGCAGUGUGCACAUCCUCCGCGCCUCGCCGCUCGCCCGGGGGCUGUUCUCCAAGGCAGUCGUCGAGAGCGGACCCGGCGUCGCGCCCCUCCUUCCAGGUGACGACGCACACGGCCACGUCGCGGCCUUCACCGGCCUCGCUGCCGCGGAGAAGGCCGGCCUGGAACUCCAGUCCCAUCUCGGCGCCAAGUCAAUCGACGAGAUGCGCGCCCUUCACCCCGCCGCCAUCGCGGGCGUGCACCUGCCCCGGUCCGAGGGAAUCUGGCGGGCGGCGUUGUGGCCGGCGGCCAGGACGAGCCUGAGCCUCUUCGACACGGCCAACCCCAUCGUGGACGGCUACGUGCUGCCGGAGUCGCCGCUCGCGGCGCUGCUGAAAGGUCGCGCCGCCGACGUCCCCCUGCUGGCGGGCAACGUCGGCAACGAAGCCUCGGGCAUGCCCUUCCUGGCCUCGGUGGAAGACUUCGAGACGUACGUGCGCGAGACGUUCAAAGACCAGGCCGAGGACGCGCUGCGGCUGUACCCGGCCGAGGCGGAUGACGAAGGGGAAGGGGUCAGGUGGGCGUCGUCGCAGCUGCUUGCCGACCAUGUUUUCACGUGGUCGACGUGGACCGCGGCGCGGGUGCAGUCGCAGAAAUUCAAAUCCCCGGCGUGGUACUUUCGGUUUGAGCGGGCGCCGCCCAUCCCGCAAGAGGCAGACCUGGUCGAGAACAGGAAGUCGCGGGCGCGCGCCUUCCACUGCGCCGUGGUGCCAUACGCCUUUGGCACUCUGGACGCGUUCAAGUGGAACUGGACGGACGCCGACAGGGAGCUUUCACAGAGUAUCUCGGACGCUCUGGCUCGCUUUGUGCGGAGCGGGCGCCCGGGAGACGAGCGUGAGGACGAAGACAACUUUUGGCCUGCGUUGGGCUCCGAGGGGUCCUUGAUCAAGGUCUGGAAUGCUGGCUCGUCGAGGCUGGAGGCGCCGGGUCUGCGCCUGGCAAGCUUGACGGCCUUCUGGGACAGGUAUUACGGGGUUCAGGGUCAGAUUGAUGUGUGA